GAGGAAGAAGAGAAAAAACGACAAAAAGAAAGAAGGUUAAACGAGGUGAAUAAACGUCGUAGUUUGGAAGGUUUACAAAAAGAUGCACUUCAGCGUCAAAAAGAAUUUGAACAAAAGUGGUUUAGCAAGAGCGAAUCAGAUGUUUCGUGUAAGUUGUGCAGCAAAGGAUUUAGUUUACGUUGUUCUACCACAACAUUAAAGUAUCACCUACAAUCUAGCCAUAAGGACAAGUUAGCAGGUGCAAGUGGACCCUCUAGUUCUGGAUCGUCCGAAUCUGAUGUUUUAGUUCAGUCAGAUAUUCGUCAGUAUCAAGUGCGACCAAAACUAUCAGACGAUGAAUCGCGGCGUAUUGAUGUGUUGGUGUCGUCAUUUAUGUGGAGAGACAUGCGUCCAUUUCAUAUUGUGGAAGGGCAAGGAUUUAGAGAUCUUGUUCAUGGCCUCAAUCAUCAAUAUAAAAUAAAACACAGAUCGACAUAUCAGGCAAUCACUGAACGUACAUACAAGAGUGCUAAAUCUUUUUUACUAGACGUUUUGCAGCAUGCCAACUAUAUGGGAAUAACAACGGAUAUGUGGACUUCAAUUCGCAACGACAGUUACAUCACAGUAACCGUUCAUUGGAUUACUGAUGAUUGGAAAAUGCAACACGGCGUUCUUACUACAGAGUGCAUGACGGAGGCAAAUACCGCUGAAAACCUUUCUCUAAGGUUAACCGAUGUAUUGGCGGAAUAUAGAAUUACAUCUAACAAAAUAAGCGCAACUGUAACUGACAAUGGCAGAAAUAUAAAAAAGGCUGUAGAUCUAUUGGAUGACUGGACCCAAUUGUCGUGUUUUGCACACACCCUACAACUUUGCGUUAAAGCGGGUCUCGAUAUUCCUGCAGUAUCAAGAAUGCGAGCUGGAGCACGGCGACUUGUUAACCACUUUAAACAUUCAUCAAAAGCAACUGCAGCACUACGUGAAAAGCAGUUCUCACUGCGACCAGGCGAAACUGUUCUGGACUUAAUUACAGAGUGUCCAGCUCGUUGGAACAGCACAUUCGACAUGUUCGACCGCCUGCUUUUGCUUCAAUGGUGCAUUAGAGCUGUAUUAACCGACUUCAAAAUAACAAAACCCUCAGUUGCUUCAUCUCUACAAAUGUCAAGCACACAAUGGGACCUCUGCCAAUCACUUGUUCAUGUUUUGAAACCAUUAAAAAUAGCAACAACAAUGAUGUCAGCAAGCAAAUACCCGUCCAUUCCCUGGAUUUACCCAGUGUUAUUCACGCUGCAGAAGAAACUGGAGUCUUGCGAUAUUGACAGUGGUGCAACCGCUCAUUGCAAAACAGCUAUACGAGAACAAAUUGAUAAACGUUUUUUUGCAUCUAACUGGCAUAGGAAUUUGCCUGUUUUAGCAUCAGUAUUGGAUCCGCGAUAUAAGUUUCUCAAAUUUAUAGACAAUGAUGCCACAAGGCAAGAAGUGUACGACCAUCUUAAAGGACAAAUCACAGAGUUUGCGGCUAAAUAUUCUGAUUUCGAACAACAUCUUCAAAGUGAAAGUACAAACGAAGCGCAUACAUUUGACCCCUUUGAGGAAUUGUGUGGGAAAGAUACGAAGAAGCAAACAGUGGUCGCACCAGAAGACGAAAUUAAGGCAUAUUUACGCGAACCUGCGCAGCCAUCAGACUCUGAUCCGCUACAGUGGUGGAAGCUUAACGCAGCGCGUCUACCUACAAUGUCGCUUAUGGCCCGUUUCUACUUCUGUUCGUGGUUGCGCAAGAGAAAAAAUAGUUCACCUGAGGUAUUAACAAUCGAGAUUGAUAACGCAAUCGCUGUUAGAGGAGUGCUCGAUCAAAGCCACAGCGUCGCUUAUCGCGAAGCUACAAUCAACGAACGCGGACGCGCGUUUCGUCCCUAG